AUGGUGCUCAACAGCGGCGUGGUGAUAAGGGUGGCGCACGUGUCAGCUAGGUUGUGUCAAUACAUAUCGUGCAACCCUGAGAUUUUGAGGAGCGACGCCGUUUUGGGCCUCAUCUUCUGUCUUCCUUUACAGCGUCUCUUCUUCUCGCUUUCGUCUUACCUUGGUUAUCGUACACCGCACUCCGAUAGAAAUUGA